AGCAGCUUCUUCGUUUCUUCCCACAACGACUACUCAGACGAGCACCUGCCAGCUUCUCUUCAAGGACGCAAAAAGCAAUCUACCAGCAUUCAGCAUGGACCCUUGUGACUGCUCCAAGACUGGAACCUGCAAAUGCGCUGGAUCCUGUGCUUGUACCAACUGCUCUUGCACCACUUGCAAGAAGAGCUGCUGCCCAUGCUGCCCGUCCGGAUGCACCAAAUGUGCGUCAGGCUGCGUGUGCAAAGAGAAGACGUGUGACACAAGCUGUUGUCAGUGAGGCGCUUCUGACAUCAUCGGUCCUUUGAUCGAGGGAUGUAACCUUCAUUUGAUUCACUUAAUUGCACCUGCAAUGUCUAUGCAGUCAUGUACUUUGUAUAUGUUGUUCAUUAAUGAAAUAAAUGUUUUCUUUAAUAUGAA